AUUUGAGCGGGAACUGCAUAGCAGACAAGCAGUAGACUAUCAAGUGACAGCUGAAAAUAGAAGCUUCAUUUUACCGUCUUUUAAUUAUCUCUUGCUGAUCUUUUGUUGGCUUUUUUAAUUACUUAACUCUAGAUCGUAUUAAAGUUAAAAUGGAAAUUAUGAAACGAGGAGCUCUCAUUGUAUUAGAAGGAUGUGAUCGGUCGGGAAAAACCACUCAAUGCCAAAAGGUAAUGAGUUGGCUACAACAGAGCAAUAUAGAGUCUCAUUUUAUGAGAUUUCCAGAACGGUCAACUACCAUUGGAAGUCUUAUCAAUAAAUAUUUGGAGUGUAGUGCAGAAUUAGAAGACCACGCAAUCCAUCUGCUCUUUUCAGCCAAUAGAUGGGAACUAAUGCCUGAUAUGAAAAAAAUACUGUGUAAAGGAACAAACAUCAUUGUGGACCGAUACUCAUAUUCAGGGAUUGCUUUCUCUGCUGCAAAGCCGAAUAUGGACUUGACCUGGUGCAAGAAAUCAGACAAUGGGUUAUUGAAACCUGAUUUGGUAAUAUUUUUGGAUAUCGAUCCCACUGUGGCGCAAAGUAGAGGCGAGUAUGGAGUGGAACGCUACGAAAAUCUAGAAAUGCAGAAACUGGUUAGAUCAAACUACCUCAAACUUAAGGAUGAAACGUGGAAGGUUGUAGAUGCUAGCAGAUCGGUCGAAGAAGUCACGCGUGAUAUUUGCCAGCUAGUUAAGGAAACAUUAGGCAGCAAAUCACUAUUAACCGAAAUCAAACAGUUAAGCUUUUAAAAUGUAGUUGAGCAUUGAAGCAAAGGAAAACGGUUGUUUUAUUCCAAAACCACCAAAUUUACAACAAAAUAAAUGUAAGUGACCAGUUAGGAAACUUGUUUACUGUCUUUCAAUGUAUUGAUGACGCUUCCAUGAAAUGGUAUAGAAAUUGUAAUACACGUUUCUUCGUGAAAA